GCGCUGUGUCCCUGGGACACAGAGGAUCACCGAUCAACGGAAAAAAAAAAGCCGAAGACGUCGGCUCGGUCAUGUGAUCAGCUGUGUCCAAUCACAUCUGAUCGCAUGGCACUGAUGAUCAGUGCGCCCUAUCAGUGCCACCUGCCAGUGCCCAUCAAUGCCACAUAUCAAUGCCCAUCUGAGCUGCUUUUCAGUGCCACCUAUCAAUGCCAGUCAGUGCCACCUAUCAGUGCUGCCAAUCAGUGCCGCCUAUCAGUGCCAGUCAGUGCUGCCUAUCAGUGCGCAUCAGUGCCCGUCAGUGCCGCCUAACAGUGCCAGUUAGUGCCGCCUAGCAGUGCCAGUCAGUGCCGCCUAUCAGUGC